AUUUAAUUUAUUUUUUAAUAAAAUUGAUUCUAUACUUCUAUUUUAUUGGAAUUACCGUCGAAAUGCCGUCUCUGUGUGUCUCUUAAGCUUCAGAGACUUCAGCAUCGACACUCCGGCCAAGCUCUUCAGGACAUGCUUUGAAUUGAAUACACGAAACAAUGUGGAGUGUAAAAUGCUGUUUAAAUCCUAGUUUCAUAAUCAUAGUUGUUGCAGCUGUUCUUUCACAAGCACUUACCGUUACAUCAGUUGUUGUCCCUAAAUCCCCUUGCUACGCGUUUGAUAAUUCUAGCCAUCUUCUUGAUUUCAGUGAUUGGAUCGGUAGUCCUUUUGUGUACGAGGGGAAGGAUACUGACGUGGUUGUCCGCUUUUGCAAAGAUGUGGAGAGUAGAUCACAAGCGGGAUAUGUAGAUUUUGGUCGAUAUGAUAAGUUUAACUACUUUGUUGCUGGUUCAGGGCAUGUUGACCUUGUUCAAGAGUUUUACAAUGGCGACCUGCUGAAUUGUGAGCACACCUUUGACAAAAUGGGACGCACCGCACAGGUAAAUAUUAUAUGCGGAAAGUGUUUAAAUGGGCAAUGUAAAGGCCAACAUGGAUGCAUAUGCAAUGUCUCUUAUGAAUCCACUUGCAGAGCCAUUGUUGAACUGGCCAUUCCAUGUGAGAAUCCUGGCCCACGGGUAUUCGAGGGCUUCACUGUUGGAUUUCAUCCGCGAUCAUGGGAAAUUGUUCACAAUGGUCUGACUCAGUUGGGUUUUGAAAAAUCUCACCCUGAUUUUAGUUUCAGCACUGAACAGCCUCAUGUUACCCUUUAUUUGACUGCUAUUGCAUCCCAAUCCAACCUCAUAAAAAAACCUCGUGUCAAGGUCUUUCCGGAAAACGGACUGGAGGUCAAGUUAUCAGGGACUGCUGCAACUGGGAAUCCACCUACAACUUUAUCACCAUCGACUUUGCUUUUAGAUUGGAGAUGUGUAAAGGCCCAUGAUACCCCGUAUGAAGUUAAGAUCACUAUCCCAGUGGAAGGUUAUGAAUCAAUCGAGUUUGUUCUAACGAAGAUGUGUGAGACCACACAAAAUCAGGAAGAAGAUGCCACAAGAGGGUGGGCAAUAUUCGGAAUAAUUUCAUGCAUAUUAAUGGUUUCAUCAACUCUAUUUUGCUGUGGAGGGUUUAUUUACAAGACACAAAUGGAAAGCCGGCAUGGGAUUGAUGCUCUGCCGGGCAUGACAGUUCUUUCUGCCUGUUUAGAGACUGUAAGCGGAGCAGGACAAGGCUACUCACGAGUUGAGGAAAUUAACACCGGCUUUACCAAUGAAGUCUCGUGGGAGCGCCCAUCCAGUGGUACUCAAGGAACAUGGACACCGUCACCGAACGAAAGCAAAUAUGGUUCGAUGUAAACUUUGCAGUCCUUCCCCUAAGAAAAAAGCUAAUUUUCUUCUGACGAAUCACAGGUAUCGAUAUGAGAGGUAUAAUCAAUUUUCUUUCAUCUAUUAUAUAUACUGGUUUAAAGUUUAAACAUAAUUGUAGUUAUUUCCAAUGUAGCAUUUAGAAAUUCCUCCUUACUCAUGAAAAUAUUACCAUUUUUACAGCUUUAGAAGAAAUAUUUACUUUUAAGUUGUUGAGACAGUAAA